UCUUAUCAUAAAGUGUACAACUCAUGUACCUCUGCACUUAAUCCCUCCCCACCUCAGUAAUCUCACUUUAUUUAUCUUCGAAACUGAGAUUCUGCCAUAGCUGUGAAAAGAACAGAACAGCAACAAAACAAAAAAAGAAGAAGGGGAAAAUGGGAAGGAUAUUUGUGGUUGAGCUUGAUGGAAGGUCUUACAGAUGCAAGUUUUGUAGAACUCACUUAGCUCUCCCUGAAGAUCUUGCUUCCAGGUCUUUCCAUUGUCGCAGGGGGAAAGCCUACCUCUUCAACAAUGCGGUGAACAUAACAGUUGGAGCCUUAGAAGACAGGGUGAUGAUUUCUGGAAUGCAUACUGUGGCAGAUAUAUUUUGCUGCUGCUGUGGACAAAUUGUUGGCUGGAAAUAUGAGGCAGCACAUGAGAAGAGUCAAAAGUACAAAGAAGGAAAGUUUGUUCUCGAGAGGGGGAGGAUCGUUGAUGAAAUCGACUUCUCAUCAGAAGUAUACAUUGAUACCCGUCCUAGCAUGAGUGACAGCGAAGAUGCUUAGGUUGUAACAACUGUUUCAUUAUGUAAAUCUACCAAUAGCAGGUGUAAUUUUGUACAUAUCUGAGAAUAAUGUAAUAAUUGCCAGGGAAGAUUAGGUAUUGCAACUUGAUUCCUAUGAGAAAGUACUUCAACUAUGUUACAAGUUUAAUUCAUGAUAUUGUUUUGAUAACUACAA